AUGCAAGGUGGCUAUUUAAACCAGUGUAAAGCAGCCAUUCAGACCUUCAGAGUGCUGGGAGGCACUGAGCCCACCAUGCAGAUCACUUCAAGUCUGGUGUCAGUGCUGUGGGUGACUGUGUUCAGCUCUGCAGAAUGUAAACCAAACCCAGUCAGCUGCAGGCUGUGGAAUGAACCUCAGAUACCUGGGCUUUCUAUGAAUGGAGAUUUUAUCAUUGGAGGAAUAUUUACCCUUCAUUACUCCACAAACUCAGGACAGAACACCUACACCAGGCUGCCACCACAACCACAGUGUUCUGGGAGCAUGGACUUCAGGCAGCUGCGCUUCGCCCGUGCCUUUGAGUUCACCAUCCACGAGAUCAACAACAGAACCGAUCUCCUGCCGGGCAUCACAUUAGGCUACCAGAUAUACGACUCGUGCUCUGACGUGCAGAUGGCAAUAAAAAUUGCAUUUCAGUUUGAAAAUGGCUUGGACACCGUUUUCAACGAGACCAUUUCUUGUUCAAAAUCUGCAGCUACCGCUGUACUUGCUAUCGUAGGGGAUUCUGCUUCCACCCCGUCGAUAGGCAUGGCCAGAAUGCUCGGUCUCUUUGGAAUUCCUCAGGUGAGUCACUACGCAACAUGUGCGUGCCUGAGUGAUAGACGACAGUUCCCUGCCUUCUUUCGGACGGUACCUAGUGACCAGCACCAAGCGGCCGCGCUGGCAAAAAUGGUGAAGUAUUUUGGUUGGACAUGGAUUGGAGCAGUGCGCAGCGACACUGACUACGGAAACUACGGAAUGGCAGCGUUCCUAAAGGCUGCGCAGGAGGAAGGGAUCUGUGUGGAAUACUCCGAGGUCUACUACAGGACACAACCGCGCAGUAAACUAGAGAGAGUAGCAAACGUCAUCCGCAAAUCUACAGCCCGGGUAAUAGUAGCGUUUAUUCACGCAGGAGACCUAAUAUUUCUUAUGAAUGAGCUGGCACGGGAACCACCUCCUCCGCUUCAGUGGAUUGGCAGCGACACGUGGAUCAUACAUCCAGAUUUUCUGCGGUUUAACGUAUGCGCUGGAGCAUUAGGUUUUGGUGUCCCCCGAUCAGUGAUCCCAGGUCUUCGUGAGUUUCUUUUAGAUCUCUCGCCAUUACAAGCCUUGAAAUCGCCCCUUUUAACGGAAUUUUGGGAGAGCUCGUUCAGCUGUAGCCUAAAAGGGAGGACAGGCUCCUCAGAGUUCCUGCGGGAAUGUGACGGCAGUGAGGAUAUCCGCGCGCUACAGAACCCAUACACAGACACGUCUCAGCUGCGCAUCACUAACAUGGUGUAUAAAGCUACAUAUGCCAUAGCGCAUGCUAUACAUGGUGUUAUUUGUAAUGAAACUCAUUGCGACAAGACCAUUAAAUUAUCACCAUGGCAGAUACUCAACCAGCUCAAGAGAGUGAAUUUUACCAUAAAGAACAGUUAUCAUGUCAACUUUGAUUCUAAUGGAGACCCUGUAGCUGUCUAUGAGCUCAUAAACUGGCAGUUCAAGAAAGAUGGAAGUUUAGACUUUGUGCCGGUGGGUUACUAUGACUCAUCCAAACCAAGAGGAGAGGAGUUCAGAAUGAGCAGUGCUAUCCACUGGAUAGGAGGACAGACAGAGAUGACGGUGUCUGUGUGCAGUGAGAGCUGUCCUCCAGGCACCAGGAAGGCUGUGCAGAAGGGAAGGCCUGUCUGCUGCUAUGACUGUGUACCAUGUGCAGAGGGAGAGAUCAGUAACAAGACAGACUCUUUGGAUUGUAUACACUGUCCUCCUGAGUUCUGGCCAAACAUCAAACAAGACAGCUGCCUCCCCAAGCCUGUUGAGUUCCUGUCCUGGGAUGACACUCUAGCCAUUAUUCUGACUGUGUUCUCCAUCACUGGAGCCUUUGUGGCUGUGUGUGUUACUGCUGUCUUCUACAAACACAGGGCAUCUCCCCUCGUCCGAGCCAACAACUCAGAGCUGAGCUUCCUGCUGCUCUUCUCUCUGACUCUGUGUUUCCUCUGUUCACUUACUUUCAUUGGUCGGCCCUCUGAGUGGUCCUGUAUGCUGCGCCACACAGCGUUUGGGAUCACCUUCGUCCUCUGCAUCUCCUGUGUUCUGGGGAAAACAAUAGUGGUGUUAAUGGCCUUCAGGGCUACACUUCCAGGCAGUAAUGUUAUGAAAUGGUUUGGGCCACCACAGCAAAGACUCAGUGUUCUUGUUUUCACUCUCAUACAGGUCAUUAUUUGUAUACUUUGGUUAAAAAUGUCUCCUCCAUUUCCUCAAAAAAAUUUAAAACACCACAAAGAACGGAUAAUCUUGGAAUGUGACUUAGGUUCAGCUGUAGGUUUCUGGGCUGUAUUGGGUUAUAUAGGAUUCCUGGCUUUUUUGUGUUUUGUUUUGGCUUUUCUAGCACGGAGGUUGCCUGAUAACUUUAAUGAAGCCAAAUUCAUCACAUUCAGCAUGCUCAUAUUCUGCGCAGUUUGGAUCACCUUUAUUCCAGCUUAUGUCAGCUCACCUGGAAAAUUCACUGUAGCUGUGGAGAUAUUUGCUAUUCUGGCCUCAAGCUUUGGUUUGAUUAUUUGCAUUUUUGCUCCCAAGUGUUUCAUAAUUAUGUUCAGGCCAGAGCACAAUACCAAGAAACACCUUAUGGGUAAAGUUCAUUCUAAAGCUCUCUGAGAUCCUCUCUGAAAAAGCAAAGACAACAAGAAUGUGCAGCACCCUAUAGAACAUAUUCAGGGUUAUGAUUAGGCUCCCACAUAUCAAAAUGUAUCAUCCUCAUCAAUAAUCUUCUUCAAUAAU